GCCGGUUGGCGCGGUUUCCUUGUGUUCCACCCGGCUCUAUUGUUGUUGACUCGUUCAUUUGCUCUUCACCAUUUCUCACGUAAGCAGUCAAUUUUUGCUGCGACAUUUAUAAAUUAUAAUCAUGUUGAUUAAAAAUUUAGUUUAAAAUUUUACAUAAUUAGUAAAAUUUACAGUAAAUUGUGUUAUUUUCAUAAUUUAUUUUAUAUUUUGUACGCAAAAUUUUUUUUAACUAAAACAAAAAAAAAAAAAAAAAAUGUCGAACAAGAGUGAAUCACUUAAACAAUUUUGUAAUUGUAAAAUUUUACGAAAUGGUCAAAUAUUAAAGGAAGACUUAUGGGUUCGCGAUGGAAAAAUCAUUGAUCCAGAAAAAAUAUUUUAUGACGAAAAAAUUAUUCCUGAAAUUAUAAUUGAUUGUCAAGAUGCUUUAAUAUCACCUGGAUAUAUAGAUCUACAGGUUAAUGGCGGUUUUGGUGUUGAUUUUUCGCACAAUAUCGACAAUGUAGAAAAUGGUAUUAAUAAAGUAGCGAAAAAUUUAUUGGAACAUGGAGUGACUUCUUUUUGUCCAACAAUAGUGACAUCAUCAAAGGAAACAUAUAGAAAAGUUCUUCCAAAAAUAACAAAAACAAAAGGUGGCAAAUCAGGUGCUGCAAUUUUGGGAGUUCAUAUUGAAGGUCCCUUUAUAAGUUCAAGUAAAAAGGGAGCUCACGAAGAAAUUUUGAUACGACAAUUUGAUAAGGGAUUUCAGAGUGUUCUUGAUGUUUAUGGUAAUUUAAAUAACGUAUGUUGCAUUACAUUAGCACCAGAAAUUCCCAAUGCAUUAUCAGUGAUAAAAGAAUUACAUGAGAGAAAUAUCAUGAUAUCCGUUGGACAUUCCAUUGCAAACUUAAAAGAAGGUGAAGAAGCUGUGAAACAUGGAGCUUCUUUUAUUACACAUCUUUUUAAUGCUAUGCUUCCGUUUCAUCAUAGAGAUCCUGGAUUAGUUGGUCUUUUAACAUCAGAUCAAAUACCAUUGGGAAAAAUUAUUUACUAUGGAAUCAUUGCUGAUGGUGUACAUACACAUCCAGCUGCUUUGAGAAUUGCUCAUCGCACUCAUCCUGAAGGAUUGGUAUUAGUUACUGAUGCAAUUUCAGCUUUGGGCCUAAAAGAUGGAAUUCAUCAAUUAGGUCAACAGGAAAUUGAAGUUCGAAAUGGCAGAGCAUAUAUCGCAGGAACGAAUACUCUUUGCGGUAGCAUUGCCAACAUGUCAGAGUGUGUUCAAUUUUUCAAAGAAACCUCAGGAUGUACAAUUAUGGAAGCUUUAGAAGCAGCAACAUUACAUCCUGCGAGAUCUUUGAAAAUAGAUUCUCACAAAGGUGUUCUUAAUUUUGGUGCCGAUGCUGAUCUUAUAAUGCUUAAUGAUAAAUUGGAAAUUCUAUCAACGUGGAUUGCAGGUGAAUGUGUUUUUGAACGUAAAUCAAAUUCUAUGUUAAAUGUUCAUUAGAUAAAAAAUUUCAAGAAGAAGAAAAUAUACAAAAUCUUUCUUUUUUAAUGUGUCGCAAUACUGAGAGUGGUAAAUUUCAAAAAAACAAUUGUUAAUUUAAAACCAAAAAUUAAUUAAAAAGACUGGUUUAUUGAUUGUCAUUUCCUUUUUUUAUAAAUUUUGUAAAAGUUUUAAAUGAAAUUUUUUUUGUUUUAAAUGACGAACAUAUUUUUUAUAUUUAUGGCUGUGGAAUUUUAAGCCAUUAACGUGAAGAAAAAUUGUUAUUUUAGCCAAGUAUUGCAUUAUUAAAUUAUAUUAAAAUUUUUAUAUAAUAUAGAAUUUAAUAAUGAAUUUCAAUUGUUUAUCCACCUGCUUAGUUUUUAUAUUGAAGUAAUAAAAAGAUAACAAUUUUUCUUCGGUAAAUUUCAUAACUAAAGUGCCUUUGAAUGCAUAAAUUUCGAUUAUUGGAUAUAUUUUUAUACGUAUACUAGCUUUAAAUAAUAUAUUUUAUGUAAUUUAUUUAUGAAAAUAUCUAAAAUAAGCUACGUUGUUGUAAAAACAUUUAAAAAAUUAAAAAAAUUCAGAGAAAUAUUUUAUUUACAUAAUAAUUGCAAUUUUGAAAGAAAAAUUUCCGAUUAUCAAACGAAAUAUCUUUUUAUCCAUUUCUACAACGUAGUUAGUUUGGGAUAUUUACAUAAUAAGUACAUUUAAUUUACUUCACUGCAAAUAAGUGUUAUAUCGUUAAAAAAUUAUUUUUUAAAAUGUAUAAUUUUUAAUUAUACAGUAUUUAAUAUUUUUUAUAGGAAUUUAUUUAAUAUUAUAUAUUUCCUUAACGAUUUCUUAAUUUCCUCCAUUUCCUUCUGAUUUGUCGAGAAUUACAUGACUUGAUAUGGUAAAGUGUUUUUUUUUAACGAUAUAACACUUGUCUAUAAUUACGUCUUGAAUGUCGAUAAUUUAAUUUAUGUACGUUAAGUUUUUAAUUUUUUUAUGUUUAUACAUAUAUACUGAAGGAGCAGCAUCAUGCCACAAUGCGCCAUUACUCAUAAAUGGGUGUCUUAUGCUUUGCAUAUGUUUCCUAUGACUCACAUGAUGCUUCUCUUACAGUAUACUUAUACUCAGUUUUUUUGUACUCAGCUUAAUGAUAUGAAUUUUAUAUUAUAUAUAUUUAUAUCUAUUGCAUCAAUAUUGUGUUAUUUUUCUUAAAAUACAGAAUAAAAAUAAAGCCUGUCAAAUUUUAGGCGAAAAAAAAUUA